AUGAUCCGCACCGUAGCGCUUGACGAGCUCAUAGGAUCCGCCGUGAACAACACCGGCGACGCGAUCACCUAUCCUCCACGUUCCGGCCGCGGAAUGCCCGACCUCGACGACCUCUCGGGCAUAGUCACACCCGGCUAUGCACCCUUUUGGGGAGAUGACAUCAAUAUGCUUGAAAUCGCUAGGGUUGAGAGCCACAGUAUGCCCGAGGCAGACUUAUUUCCUGUUUUGCGAAAACUUGGAAUUUCUUUCGUUGCGUAUUCGCCGAUUGCCGGGGGAUUCCUCACCAAGACCAGAGAGCAGAUCGAGUCUGGUGGGACCAGGUUCAGCCCGGAUCAAAUGUUCGGCAUCUACCACAAGCUGUAUGUCAAAGACAGCUACUUAUCUGCACUUGAGGAGUGGGGGAAGAUCGCAGAGGAGGAGCAAAUCUCCAAGGCGGAAUUGGCGUACCGUUGGGUUGUGUACCACAGUAUUCUCCGCAAGCAGUAUGGCGAUGGUAUCGUGUUCGGUUCCAGCUCUUUGUCCCAGAUGGAAGAGACACUUUUGGCUUGCAACAGAGGCCCUUUCUCUGAGAAGGCAGUGGAGGCGAUUGAGCAGAUAUGGGAGAAGGUGAAGGAUGAAGCCGGCGUUGAUAACUACCAAACUGUUUUCAGCGGCAACUGA